CUGACUUUGCCAAACUUCCGGUGCUCAGACCGGUCCACGCUUGUCCUUUUGUGAAGCAUCCACAUCAUCGAUCGGCAGCAGCAGCACUGCCACCGCUUCGCUAACCUUGCUUUGUGCCAUGGAGUGGGACACAUUCGACACCUACCGGCUGCCGCAGCAAACGCUGGAAACCUUCCUACGCCAAAAGUUUGGUAACUACAAUUUCUUCGUUCGAGUGGCUGCAACUGGAAAAUACACAUUUUGGAUUCCACGCAAAUUGUAUCCAGUAUGACUUCCGACCUUUGGAGGUGUUAGGGAACCUGAACUGAUAUCCUUCCAAGUACGAGCAAGACGAACUCGCCUCUUUGCGGCUAGAUGACCCAUGAACAAAGCUCUGCUCAGGUAUUGACAGGCAAAUGCUGAAAUGCAUCGGAAUGGUCACGGGGGAUCACCCUUGCCACAUGUGAAGUGGGGCUCACCGCAUGGCGAACACGAAAAACGCCAGUAGCUACCAGGGCAACGACCGGAAUCGCUCAUCUCACCAGCGAAUCAAGCUGGGCAGUGUAAACACUCUAUCGGUUUUCUAUUUAUCUUAGUCGUGUCCUCUAGAAAUAUGAUAAGUGACUAUGAGCUGGCACAUUCGUGAUCCUUCUUUCAAAGUUUGUGUUAUUCAAUGGAGACCCUAUUGCAAUCCUGCGAAAAUUUCGAUCAUUACCCUCGAAAUGUUGUUCAGAACGCCGUGCUCAGUCAUACAUUGAGGUCAUAUUACGAUAGAUUGAAAUCUGAAGAGAAGCUCCUGUUUAACGAAAAACAAGCAGCAGUGGACUUUCUGGAUUCUGGUCAUUCAAGCCAUGGAUUUAUAUCGACUUGCAUGACUUCACUCGCCAACCUUAAAAAUGUGCUUAAUGAAGAAUGGCAAGCAAAAGGCGACCCAAAAUGUCGCUUCGUCUUUCUGCACUCGCCACACAGUCGCGCGCCACUGCGAAUCAGUCGUAACAUGCUGAGUUUUCUUCUCACGUACUAUCAAGUCAUGCCUUCGUUCCUAGACUUUAUUUUCCCUUUCGGACAUCAGAUAGAGGCGAAAGAUUUCUAUUUCAGUGGUUUACGCGACGAUUCACGCCUCGAGCAACGGCAUCGAGGGCUGACAAUACCAAGACUGAAUCGGUCGGGAAACGAAAUUCGCUUCUGCUACAAUCUGCGGUCAGUGGAACGUUCUACAAGCCAACCAGGAUUACAGUGGUCGAUUCGUCAAUGCGCUGUCUAUCACUCCUUUGAUGUUGAGACUGGCAAAUCCCUAUGGAUCAAUGUUAAGGCAAAUAAGUUGAUCAAGAAUCGAAUUGAAGAAGCGACGAGUGAUCCUACCUUUGAUUCCAGUGGUACUGUACAAACUGCGGCGGCCUUUUCCUCAUCACUCUCUAUCCACUUACUCCUAUGUGAUUGGUCUAGUGAGAACUGGAGAUGGUAUCUCAAUGAUCUUGAGCAGGAGUUCCAGAAACUCGCAAAAGACGCACCGUAUAUCCCAAUCGAUCGACUACCCAGUCCUCCGCCGUCGCCCGUGCUAUUCGCUACAAGCCCACGAGUUAUGACCGGUGGGUUUUCACCAAAGUCACGUACUGGAACCUUCCAAUCUCCUCGAUCCCCUAGAACCCCUAGAAACAAAACAGGGUCGUUUUCUCACGGUGCACCUUCCCGAGCAACCACCCUGGUGGAUUCCAUCCCGAAUAUAGGGUCUUUCGAUUCGGAGCAGCAAAAUUGUCACACCAAUGACCCAUGGAUCAAGGCAGGCUCCAUGGACAGUCAUAUACUGAAGAAAAGUUUGCAUUCAUUCUAUGUCCGAGUAAGAAACAAUCUAAUUGGCGGUCCAUCGCAACCGAGCAGCAGCCACCAGUCCUCGAUUCCAUUGGACGAAGUCAGACCAGCGUCGCCCUCUGCUGCAAGUGUUAAGAUGAACCCUCCCGAAAUGCCACCCAACUUCUCGGAGGACGGAGAUGAGAAGCCCCAGGAGAUCUUUACCGUCACCGAUCUUCAAAAGUUGCAGGGAAUUGAAGACAAAAUCCAAGAGACACUUCUGGUGCUCCGACUCAACGCAGAAGUUCUGGAAGAAUUACGCCAGAACUACCAUUUUCUUACCAGCCACUCUGCGUUCCCAGCUCUUUUGAGAUCACAAUGCGAGAUGGAUCUAGCGAGAUUUACAAGAAGCAUCCUUCAUGUGGAGAAAGACCUCCGCAUGCUGCAGUCUAGAUCAGAAAACUUGCUUCGCAUGCUUGAAAAUAGGAAAAAUUUAUUGAACGGUAUCCUGCAAUAUCGUGGAGUGAAAGCAAACGAAUCGUUCGCACGAAAGAACCAGCUUUCCGCCGAGCGCAUGGAGCAGAUGACGUACGAAAUGCACACCAUAGCCAAAAAGACGGAACGGGAGACAAUCUCGAUGCGGGUGAUCACAACCGUCACGCUGUUUUUCUUGCCAGCUACCUUCAUUGCAACGUUCAUGAGCACCGAUAUUCUCAGAUUCGAGGAUGGGAAGCAGGAUUUCCAGCUCAAGGCUCUGCAUACUUAUAUGGCGAUUGCGCUGCCGUUGACGGCUUUGACAUUUUUCGCAUGGUGGUUCAUCUCUUAUUGGGCUAAGAGGCCGGCCGCUCAGGCCGAAGCGGUUUAG